AGUUUUUCUCCAUCUCCGGAGAGUGUCGUGUCGUCCGCAAUGAGAGUGUUGUGCCGUGGUGGAAUUUUGUGAAAAAAAGAAAAGUGAGGAAAAUUCUGUGAGGAAUGUCCAUAAAACUUCAGCAGGAGCACAAUUCGUCUCCUGGACACAUACAACUUAGUGAUAAGGGUGGCGAGAGGGUUUUCCUUGCGGAAACCUUCUAUAUAAGCAACAAGAAGAAUACAGUGUUCCAGGUGAGGCUCACGGAUAAGGGGCUGUGCCUGCGCAAGGAAUCCGGGAGUGGUGUGAAGGAGCAAACGAUCCUCCUUGUGGAUAUUAUUGGGUGUAGGUGCUUGAGGAGUAAACGUCGUGGUCAUGGGGGUUCUGCAUGUGCAUGCUCUGCCCUUCCGGGGCCAGCACAGCUAAAGGUGGUUGAGGCAAAUUCGGGGGAACAGGAUGAAUCGGACGCCAGUGCAUAUCUCUACAUUUAUGCGUACAUCCUCAAGAGGAGUCGUCGUGGGGGUCGAAGGGAACGCACCACAAUCACGUUGCGUUUUCGCUCCUUCGACAAGUAUGACGAUAAUAAUCGAGAGGCUCAGAAGUGGCGCACUGCCAUCAAGGCACUCAUCAAUGAUGAGAUCCCCAAGACUCCAACGUACACACCCACAGAUGCCAGGAAACUUCUUGUGUUGCUGAAUCCCAAAUCCGGGUCUGGUAAGGCACGUGAGGUAUUCCAGCAGCGUGUGGCGCCUAUUUUCGUAGAAGCAGAGCUUCCAUUUGAGCUGCAUGUGACAAAGAGGGCCAACUAUGCCAGGGAAUUUGUGCGCACGAGGGAUAUCUUCAGUUAUCGCGGUAUCGUGGUUGUGGGAGGCGAUGGGAUUUACUUUGAAGUCAUCAAUGGGAUGCUGGAGCGCACGGAUUGGGAACGAGCUCUCGACGAGGUCAAUGUGGGUGUCAUUCCAUGUGGAUCCGGCAAUGGACUCGCCAGAUCUAUUGCUCACAUUUAUGGUGAACCAUACGAGCCCAAACCCGUUCUUGGAGCUACUCUCACCGUCAUCCGUGGACGUUCAACAACCAUGGAUUUGGUUCGUGUGGAGACAAAGAGUCAGAUCAUGUACUCAUUCUUAUCAAUUGGCUGGGGCCUAAUAUCAGACAUCGACAUUGAGAGCGAAAGGCUACGGGCAAUUGGAGGUCAGCGCUUUACACUGUGGUCGGUGCAUCGUUUAAUUAGCCUAAGGACGUAUCAGGGACGCGUAUCGUAUCUCCCAGCCACUCAAAUGGUGGUCACAAAUGGUGGUGAGAAGCAAUUUGAUGGGAGUUUUGGGAGAGUUUCGGGGUCAAUGAUGAGGCACAGUCUGAGCUACAAUACCGCCCUCGAUUGUCCCGAUUGCCAUGGGGAUGGUGACUGUGAGACAUGUGAUACGGGAUUUGGGGAUGUACUGUCACUGGAGACAUCCACAGGAGUCGAUUCAUUCCGUCCACGUUUAGAUAGUUGGUAUUCUGCAACAUCACGUAAGAGUGCCUACUACUCAACGGCUGAAAGUAUCUACAGGAGUGUACAUGAGAAGAGCUCCCAGGGUGGUAGUGGUGGUGACAAUGAGACGGAGUCGCAUCAAAUGUUUGGACCUGCAUCGAAAAUUCCCGCCUUGACGACUCCCGUGCCGGACACGUGGACAACAAUUGAGGGGGAUUUCGUGAUGGUUCAUGCGGCAUAUCAGACGCAUCUCAGCACAGAUUGUCACUUUGCCACAUCUGCAAAGCUCAAUGAUGGCAUCAUUUGGCUCUGCAUCAUCCGUGGUGGGGUGUCGAGGUCGCAAUUGUUGACCUUCCUGCUGGGAUUGAGUUCGGGCACGCAUAUUCCAACGCCGCAGAAUGAAUUUAUUAAGAUGAUACCCGUACAGGCGUUUAGGAUUGAACCAACGAGCGGUGGACCACCGGGUUGUGUCACCGUGGAUGGGGAAAGGGUGGAAUAUGGACCGAUUCAGGGGGAAAUAUUCCGUGAUGUGGCCAAUGUGAUGGUUCCUGCGCAAUCGUAAAACUUCCACCGGCCGUAUUUUUCUGUGCUCUUCUAAAUCCAUUCAGAGAGAGUAUGUAUAUUUAUGUAAAUGUAUGAAUUUUUAGGGUCAAUUUUUUCUACUUAAAAUAGUCUUUUCAAAAUUAUCAAUAAUAUAAAAAUUAGGUCGUUUUUAGAUGCUAUACUAUAGUGUCGCGUAUAGAAUUAUUAUUACAUAAAAAUUUCACAUCCAUUUUGCGGGUGAUUUUGCAAUUUAAAUAAAAAAUGAGCAAUUUAUUAUCACACGAAACAUGUAAAAAUUUGUAUUUGAAAAAAAAAGAAGAAAAUCAAUGAAAGCUCUCUACAAUUAUUCAGGUGAGAAAAAAUCAUUUUUUUUUAGUUCAGAGCAUUUUAUAGGGUGUAAAUUCUCUUUUUUUAUGGGUUUCUCUCUUAAAAUAACAUUCCACAUAAAAGAGUAGGUAUACAUGCAAAAAACCCAAUAGUUGUGUAUAUUUUUUAUUUAAACGUAAAAUAUUAUUAUUUUUUAUGGAGAUAUAAAAAAAAUAUCUAACACUAGGCAAUUUGCAAAAAAAAGGAAUACAUACAAAGCUAAACUAAAGCAAAGCUCACACAUGGGGCUGUGAAUAAAAAAAAACGGAGAAGACAAAAGAAGAAAAUGAAGAAAAUACCAUGAAGAAAUAAUCAAAUAUUUGUUGUUAAUAUUAUAGGAAAAAAGAAAAGAAAAGGAAAAUAAGUAACAUUUAUGCAUAAAUUUAACAUGAAAAUAAUAUUUAUAAUGAUAUGGGGUUGUUUAAUGUGAGCUAUAAUUUUAACUUUAAUAUAAAUUUAAUUUUCAUGGCGAUCGCACGAAAAAACGAAGGCAUUACGUUACGUAGUCAUUAAGCAGCGACAUUUCACCUCACUUAAAGGGGAAGUUCUUUAGGGGAAUGUUGCUUUUUUUUGCAACUGAAUGGCGUAAAAGGAAGCAAAAAGAAGCUAUAAUAAAAAGCACAGAAAAAAAAGCAUUCUGUUGGAUUUAUCGCUCGUGUUUCAUAAAUACGAUUUAUUUAAGCGCAAAAUCGUCAUUAUAUACAAGAAGACAUCGUUACCCUAACAAUUGGUAAGAGAGAGAGAAAAAAAUGUUAUUGCAACUCAUGUUAACCAUAAAAAUCUAUAGUUUAGAAGGGUGGGGAUUUGAACGGAAGAAAAAAAAUUAAUUAAUUAAUUUCUAUGAAUAGAAAAUUUGUAAAUAAAAUCGAAAAAAUAGAGGUAGGUA